AUGAACGAAUCUACUGCAGGACAAUCAUUCAAGUUUGUGCAACGACCAAAGUCUACAGAUGAUGAGCAUGAUCUAGUUAGAAUGCAGGAUGAGUUUAACAGUGUUUCUGGUCAGAGUGCUGCCACCGCAAUCCGCUCUAAACCGCCUGCUGUCAGGUCUGCUUCAAACUCUAAAACUCCUGUCAUUGCUCCAGACCAUGAAGAUACUGCUGAAUUGAAACCACUUCAGUCUGAAAAAAAAUCUGUGUCUUGGGAUAGUGCACUGGAUCAAAUACCAGAACUCGAUUCAGCUCCCAUUUCAACUCCAGAAAUACUAGUAUCCGACAACAAGCCAGUAAAGAAAAUGUCACUAUUUGCUCAACGACGAAUUGCAAAGUUGGCUGCGGCUACUGAAUCUACUACUCCUGUUGAUCAUAAAUCUGUACAUCGAGAUGUUGUCAAUUCUGAUUUUCAGCACGACUCAACUUCAAACCCAAAUCAAAAACACUACCCAAAGUCAUACAUCGAGUCGACAGAUGCCCUCUUUGGCAGCGUACUCAAAAAUGUCACUGAGCGAGAUUUAGACUUUAAUGCGCAAGCAGAUCAGCAUGCAUUUGAUAUGAAACCAAUAUAUAAAGAUGGGUUUCCUACUUCUGUGCAUCGUAGCAUCAGAGCAGUUACGAAAAGCAGUGCCGCGCCAGAUUUAGUGUCUGAUCGGGAUACACCCAAUGCUGCUGACAUGCCAGACUAUGCACAAGAGAACAUUCGAAAGAUUGACAUGAUGUCUGCUGAAGAGAUUGCUGACGCACAACAAGAGAUUGCAAGCAAGCUGGAUCCUGCAAUAUUAAGUUUUUUGAUGAGUCGCAAACCCACACCACUAACGAAUGAUGUUGCGGUAUCUAGCAAUGCAGAUGCUAAAACAAAAGCAACAACUUCAUUGGAGCGAUCAAAUGAAAAUCAUACCUUUUCACAUAUUGAUCAGUUUAUUGAUCCAUCUACCGCUCAGCCAGAAAAAUUAGAGUGGAUGCUGGAUUUAGAAGAACAGUCGAGCAUACAUUUGGAAAAUAGCAACUUGGCAAGUGCCGAAAAAGAGCUGUACAGAUUUGAUUUCCAAGGAACUAUUUUAACUCAGCUCACACCAACUAGUACGGUUGACAAUUCAGCCUUGUUUCAUCAUGGUGAUGAUCCUUCACUUCCAGGUUACUCUAUCAAGGAACUUGUAUAUUUGUCAAAAAGCACGGUUCCAGCCCAACGCGCAAUGAGUCUUCAACUGAUUUCUCGAAUUAUCACAAAUAUUUACGAGGAGCAAUACUCUUCCAAGGAUUUGGCUGCUAUCAUCAAACUUUUCAAAAAAAAUGAUGUGCUACUUCAUAUUCGAGUUGCUGUGGAUGCAUCCCAUGAAACGGUUGUAUUCCAGGCAAUCGAGACACUUGCACAGUAUUUUGGUGCAUCAUCUAUUUUCUCUGAAAGUGAAUACACAUCAGAAUUUAUUUGGAGUCGCUUAUCUUUAGCUCGUGUAGGAUAUCGUACCAUUUCCUUGUCGCCAAAAUCCAUUGCACUUUUUGCAGCUAAAUCGCGCGGCAAAGACACUGUAGAUUUUGAAUUACCAGAAAAAAACGAUAGCCUUGCGUCAAUCUCAAAGCUCAUCAGCAUUGAUGCAGUAAGUGGUUUGCAAGAAACCAAUAUCUUGGUACGAAUGAGGUAUCUUUUGAAGAAUACCAGCUCGCCUACUCGGUUUGCGAUUGACAUUGUUGACAUUCUAACUGUCAUGGCAAGACACUCGGCCAUUAGUGCUCAAGACAUUCUUGAAUGUGCUGGUCUGGUUGACGCUAUUGCUCAAAAUGUAUUCAAGCUAAAAUGGCCACUCUCUGAUACAUCUAUUGUUGAACUUACUUUGAUUCGAAAUACUCUCCGCUUAUUCAGAAUACUUUGUCAGUCUGGUCGAGAUGCAACUGUCGCACUGAUAAAGCAUAAUUUGAUCACAGCAACAAUGCGGUAUCUUACUUUGCUUCCUAGCAACUUUGAAAUAGCGGGAAAAAAUUAUGGAGUUGGCUUGAAGCUCGAUAUUGCGACUCAGGUUUGGCUGCUGCAAGGAGUUGUUUUUUCCUAUACGCUUGGAGGCAGAGUGUUUGACGACUAUAGAUCACUUAUGAUGGAGUGUGCAGAAAAAUGCAGUUUAUUGUGUUUACGUUUUACUUCAUCGCCAGUACUAUCUGAAUCACAGACUGACACUCAUGACGUGUUAAAGAUUCGUAUGGCUUCACUUUCUGCACUCACAAGUAUCUGUCGAGUUUUGCAAACAUUGUUGAUGCGAUACAGAUCGGAGAUGAAUGCUGGAGGGGAGAAUGACGCUCUUUUGCCGUUUGUUACGCUUGUUGUCAAUGUACUAGAGUCUGUCUGCCACUCUCCUGUUCCUGAACAUCACACACACAGUUCAUUCACUGAUACCAUUGCACGCGCAGCAUUUAUUUCUGCAGCACUUGAUUUGUUGAAUGACUAUGUUUCGAAAUCAAUUACAUACCAGUUUCAAGCAGGUUCUGAAAUCAUGACAAUUUUCUGCAAAGUAGAACAGCUCAUUCCACAAAUUAAAGAUUGUGUGUUCAGCCCAUCCACAAUUGCAUUUUUUGCAAAGUAUGCUGAAUCAAAUAUUGAUUUCCCGCUUUUCGGAUUGAAAUCGGAGCUAGGCAUCCCAUUUUGCCAAUUAAGCGCGAGACGCCGAGCAACCCAGCUUACUGAUUUGACAGCAUUGUGCAACGCAGCAGCAGCAUUGCUUGAUACCAGUCAGUUGGUGAAAAGACAUAUUUUUCCAAAUGAGCUUUCUGCAGACUCGAUACUAUUUAGUCCAUUAUGCAUGAAAUUGAUUCAUUUCUUGACUGAAGAAUUUGACACAUUGCUGCUCUAUGACCACGAGAGUUGGAUUCGAGUAUUUGGACAGGGUCGACCCAAUAUGCUACUUACAUGGACAAAGGGUGUAUCAGUUUUAGCACGCAAAUGUACUGAGCGCACGCCUACCAUCGAAUUGGCCAUAAAAGCAGCUGUAGUUGCAAGUGCUGUAGGGAUUCCUGAACUUCUUCCCGGAGAUGAGUAUAUUGCAGCAGACUGGCUAAAUGGGAGUAUGUUUUCUCACAAGUUCAGCCCAAUGGAGAAACCAGAUACAGCCCUGUCGCGCAUCUUUUCUCUCGAGUUGUUUACUGAUUCUACACUCCUUCAAUCUCAAGCCUUGUACCGUGCAGAUGAUCGGAUUGUUUUGAGGUCCUUGUUUUUUGAGUCUCUGAAUGGAACAGGAUCACUUCCAAUCCGACGCGAUUGGAUUUUUGGACCUUUAGAUCGACUGUAUCAUGAGUUCAAGACGCAUGGGCUUUCAUCUGUUCCAGCUGAUGUGAUUGAUAUUGUUAAACACGUACUUGGCUUUUUCAAGGACAUGUCAGAACACAAUUGUUUGACUACUAUAGCGCCAAGUGCGAUUAUUACACACAUGAUGAAGGUGUUUUUGCUUUCAGAUGACAACGGUAACGAAGUUUUUCAUGAUCAUGAUAUUGCAUUUAUUUUAGACUGGGCGUUCAACACUUAUGCGAAAUCAGUAUGUAUGCCAUCACAUGCAAGCAGUAAAGUGAGAUCUUCAGCAGAAAUGAAUUCAGAAACAAGCCAAGCAACUGCUUCACCUCCACUAGAGCUUGCCAUGAACGGCGGUACAGUAUUUUUCCAGUUAUACCAAGACUUGCUGAAUCAGUUUGUAGCGGUUUCCUUUGGUGCGUUGCAUCUGCAGAAAUAUCUUAUUUUGCCAUUGACGAUGGCAUAUCCUCGCGACUACCACAUGGCGUUCUGGACUACACUAGAUCACUCCUUGUUAGAACGGUUUAGUUUAUCAAUCCAGAUGUUGAAGGAUUGCGGUGUUUGUUUGAAUGGGUUUGUUCAACCUGCAGAACAGGAUCAAGAUAUGCUGGCAUGCUAUAGAUCCGCACUGCCUUGCUUGCGAGUUGACUCGUUCUUGGCUUAUGUAGCAGAUGCGCAUGUUAAUCAUGCAGCACUGCAAGUUGAAUAA